AUGGUGGAGGCGGCGGCGGUGGUGGUUUUCCCGCAGCACCACGUGGGUUGCGUGGGUGAUCACCGCGGAAGACGAGACAGCUCCUCUCCCUCGCCAACAAGAGCAGACACGUGCGUGGAAACGCAGCAGCCAUCACUGCCGUGCAUCUUGAGGGGAAGGGGAGCGAGGACAGGUGGUGUGUGGGUCUUCAUUGCGCCGCUUCUGCUGCCGCGGCGUUUGGGCACGCACGGCUGUGGUGUGUUCUGCUGUGGGCAAAGUGCCGUCCGCGCCUCUGCGAGCCACUUUGGCCACUCACAGUGCACGGUGCUGCUCUCUGUGGGCAGCUUGUGUGCAUCUCUGGCGGACGACACUCCCAAGACGCGCAAUCUCCCUAGAAGGAGGGCUGUCUUUGUGUGGCCUCCGCGAUAG